GAUCUACUGCACAGCGGCACAUCCCUGAAAUCAGCUGUGCCAUGGACCUCGUUUCUGAUGCCUGCUCGGGUGGUUUACAUUGAUCCUGGUCGGUGCGGAGUGCUAUCUUGAAGGCAUCACUCGUGGUAGGAAUAUUGAAGGGAAAAGAAAACCCAAGGUCAGAAUUGUUUCCGUAAUUAAAACGGAUUAACGGCGCGCGCGCUUCGGUGCUACAGGACACGCGACUGUCGCAUUGCCGCAGUCACUGACAGUAGGUGAUGUGUGUGUGUGUGUUGCAUGUGGUAUUAUUUCAGUGAAACAGUCUUGCACCGGUUUAAGAAUUAAAAUAUUCUCCCCCCUUUUAUUUAUUUAUUUAUUAUUAUUUUUUUUAAUAAAAACCCUAGAACAGAUUUUAGCUUCAAUCUCGAGAAUAAAUGUCGAGAUGCGUUUUGGACUUCCGGUAUAGAGCAGAUGCUGUGCGGCUGUUUUAGCGGUAAUAAGUGGAUGGGUUAAGCUGUGCAUGAAGACAUGAUGAAGAACAUAAAUGUGUGUAUAUAUAGGCUAUAUAUAUAAGGGGUUACCGGCUUUCUUCCCCGCAUUCACGCGCCUUUCCUUUCCGUUUGCACAUUAUGGCGCUUGGUGAACGGGUGAAAAAUGAUUGUGCGGCAACAACGAGUUGUUUUCACGCUGAUUAAAACCUACAGCUCGCACAUCACAUUAUUGCGGUAUUCAUGUGCCAAUAAAGCAACCAGAGCUUAGCUCAGCACAUUCUGGGCCGCAUGGCAAAAAAAAAAGAAAAAAAAGCGUCUCUGAAUGAGGGUUGCCAGAUCGUGCCGACUGUUUCCCAUCACCGUCUUUGCAUGAAUUGUUGUAUAGUGGCGCUGAUGAGCAAUUGCGUUGUGCAUAAUUGCUCACUGUUCAUUCAUACAGGAGGGAAUGCAGCAAUGAGACUCGGAAGAAGCUGCGUUGUGAGUCACUGGUAGAACACGUCCUCAGAUCAUGGCUGAUUUGAGGCUGGAUGCAAAGAUCAGUGUGACGUAACGCAGCCCUGAAGCAAUGCUGUGCGGCUUCUCGGACCUCUCCGGACUCUGCUGAGAGAAUGAGGCAAGCAGUGAGCGCCACGCUCUCUGUGUGGGGCGAGAGGCGCUUGGGUUACACCACUCUAAACGACUCCAGGGAGGCGCUGCUGGAGGACAGCUGCCUGAUGCCUGGGCUUAAAGAGGACUCGGUUGUGGAGGAGAAGGAGCUGGCGGAUGGUGAGCAGGACGAACAGGAGGCAGUGGUGGGAUCCUCACCGUCCACGCCUCCGGCACUGACCCAAGGUGACGGAUCUGCACCAGAACAUCCGGAGACCAAUGCGCUUCCCUCGGCUCUCCGAUGCGAACCGAGUUCAGGCCGUAGAGGCAGUGUGAACAUAAGCGCACCCGAGAAUGGGUCCACUACCGUGAGAAGGGGGUCCCUCGGUGCCCUACUUGUGCAGCGUUGCAGUUCUCUGGGCUCUACAGCUCCACAGUGGGUCCCGGAUUCUCAGGCACCAGUGUGUAUGAAAUGUGGCUCCAGAUUCUCCUUCACAAAGAGGAGGCACCACUGCAGAGCCUGCGGGAAGGUGUUCUGUGUGGUCUGCUGUGACUUGAGAUUCAGGUUGACUCACCUGGGUGGGAAAGAGGGUCGGGUCUGUGUCACCUGUCACGCUACUCUCAUUAACAAGACUCUUCGUAAGGAACAAAAGAAAGUGUGGUUUGCUGACAGCGUUUUAUCCAAAAACGAGACGUCUAGUGCCAACACUACUCCAACCCACAGAGAUUCAGUGCAGACACAUGCACCUGCAGCAGCUCAUGUGGUAUCUGCAGACCUGUCUGACAUGCCAAACUCUCCUUGUUUGGAGCAUCAGGAAGUGGUUAACAGUCCCAAAGGGAGCUCAGCUAAGCCCUUACCACAUAAAGGGCUUCCCCCUAUCCUCACCUCUACAGGUGUUAAAGGAGAUUACACAGUGGAGGAAAAGCGGACGGAGACUUCAUUGCUCGAGGAGUUGGAGCAAGGCCAGACCGAACCACUGGUAUUUGUCCUCAAUGCCAACCUUCUGGCCAUGGUGAAGAUCGUCAGCUAUGUAAACCGGAGGUGCUGGUGUGUGACGUCUAAAGGAAUGCAUGCCGUGGGUCAGCCAGAGGUAGUCGUGCUAUUACAGUGUUUACCAGAAGAAAAGAGAUUCCCCACAGACAUCUUCAAUCACUUCAUUCAAAUCUACUGGGAUGCACAGACAGGAAAGCUCUUGAAUCAUCUGAGUCAUUCGUUGGCUGCACGAGGCUUUCUGGACAGCGAGGAGCAUGCUGGGUUUCUCUAUGUGCGUCCCACGUUACAGUCUCUGGACGGGCUGCCGCUGCCCCCCCAGCCCUUCCUGUUCGGCCUGCUCAUUCUUCGGGCUGAGAGUCCCUGGGCCAGGGCCUUCCCCCUGCGCCUCAUGCUGCGUUUGGGAGCCGAGUAUAGAUUCUAUCCCUGUCCUCUGUUCAGUGUACGAUUCAGAGAGCCGCUUUUCGGUCAGAUCAACAACAGCAUUAUGAGGCUCCUUGUGGAUUUCCGUUUUUACCGUUACACGUUGCCGGUAGUGACGGGGCUCAUGGUUGAUUUGGAGGCACGGAGCACGUGCAUCACGAUCCCUAAAAGCCGUCAUGCUGAGCUGCUGAAGGUGCUGAGUAAGUCGAAUGAGAAACUGCUGGCGAUGGGCGCUUGCUUUAACGAGCGUGCCGACUCCCACCUCAUCUGUGUGCAGACUGCAGACGGACAGUACCAGACUCAGGCGAUCAGCAUCCACAGCCAGCCUCGCAGAAUUACAGGCUCCUGUUUUUUUGUAUUCAGUGGUGCACUGAAGGCUUCAUCAGGAUACCUGGCCAAAUCCAGCAUUGUUGAAGAUGGAUUGUUGGUGCAAGUGACGAUGGAAACCAUGCUGGAGUUACGGCGAGCUCUUCGAGACAUGAGAGACUUCACCCUGACCUGUGGGAAACUCCACCAAUCAGACAGACAAGAAUAUGUGCACAUUCGGUGGCAGGAUGAAGAGCCACGUUUCAAUAAGGGCAUAAUCAGUCCUAUUGACGGAAAGUCUAUGGAAUCAAUAACUUGUGUAAAGGCCCACCAGAGAUUAGAGUAUAGAGCCAGUGGAAAGGUCAUACGUUGGACAGAGGUGUUCUUUCUUCAGCGGGAGGAGCCGUCUAAUGGCCCGAACAAUUACGCCAAUCAUAACCGUCUGACAGAGCGCCUGGCACGAGCGUUCUGCCUGGCACUGUGCAAUUCUCUGAGCCUGCUAAAAGAGGAUGGUAUGACCAAAUUAGCGCUGCGGGUCACCCUGGAUGGACAGAAGAUGGAGUUCCUGGCAGGCAGUAAUGGCCAGCCUCUGCCCCUGCACUACCAGGACAGUCUAAACCAGUCGCUCAGUGCAGUUGUACUGAGUGUGUGCCAACGUCACGGACACACAGCUCUUCAGCUAGAGCUCAUUUUUUACAUCCUAGAGGACAUAGCAUAGAGGUCACCUGCUGAAACCUUCGUCAUAAAGCAAUGUGCUGCUGGAUGCCACAGCCCCAGUUUAACCCGCCUCUCACAUACAUUUUCGAAGACUGGAAAGAAUAAAGAACAUGGGUUAUAUUACCUGUGUUUAUAUCUAUAUAUAAAAAUAACCCAGAUUUCUCACAGAUCUAUCCUGUUUGCGCUCUUUGUGAUGGUUCCAUAGACUCGAGCCAUUAGAUUUGGUCUAGACUAAACCAUGUUGAAAAUCUCCGCUGGUCGCUGUGCAGUUGCUUCGUAGAAAAGUAGACAGCAUUUCAUGUGCUCAGGUGCCGUAUAUCAUUUCUGACUUGGACUGCAGGAU